GCGGCGAACCUCUCUCAUUCGGCGCAUGCGCAUCUGCAAGCCAUUGAACGUCAAGCAUUGGACAUACCAUUGGCACAGGCCUUGAUGUCGUCCGCGGUCUCUUUGGCGAUAACUUGCACUCUACCUUUGAUAGUCGACCCGUCGGGUGCCACUUGAUCAGCGUCCUUCACAUUUCUCAUCCUGUGCAAACAAUCAGUACGUAGCUGGUUCCGUGACUGCAGCAGAGGUUACUGCAGAAGAGCCCCCAUCAUAUCUUUCAUCUCCAUAUGCAACUGUGGGUGGAGCGUAGCAUCAGUUUCUGGACCGCUCAAAGAGGGUGGGCCCGGCCACGCACCGCGACAAUCUUCCUGUCGUUGUCCCUCCGCUUCUGUUCCAACGCCCAAACCGCCUUGAACGCCAUCACCGCGACUGAUGCAAUACCGCUCAGGAUAUGCUUCGUCACGAAACGCAAAACCCACCUCCGAUGAACCUAUACCACAAUCAGCGCGACGAUCAGAGUGCACGAACGCAACACACGGAUGUAGCUUCGCGACCUCAUCCAACGCGCUCAUCAGCACCGGCAUCCCCUCCAUGAACGUGUUCAGCCCCUUUUCGAUCACUUGCAUCGCGCCCACGGCAUCCAGCCCUGUCUCGACGCCCUGCACGAAUGCGACGGGCUGUGCGCUGUCAUCCAUCGCGCCAGUCACCGAUUCCUCGACCUUUUUGAGCAUCUGGUCUGCCUUGUUGGCCUUUGGGUCGGCAGAUGCGGAUGCCCAUGCGUCGUUCAGUUUCUUCGAGAGGGCGUCCUGUGGUUCUGGGGGAGCUGCUACAGAUGCCGCUGGGAUGGGCGGCAGAGGAGGGACGCUUGCCGCGCUCGACGUCGAGGAGGAUUGCUUGUGCAGGCUCUUAGAGCUCAGCUUCUUGAGAAGUCGGGGCAUGGACAUGUUGGAAGAGAGUCCUGCCUGCUGGUCUACUACCCCACAGCACUUAAGUUCGCGUUCAGAUUGCGCUGAAGCAUCUUUGUUGGGACUAGCAGUUCCUGGCCAUGGACACUCGGUUGCAAUUCAGUCUGUGGUAUGGAUCUUUCGAAACCCCGGAGCCUGGGGAUGUUCGAGUGCUCAGAUGACCGCUUGCAAUCUUGAAUGUGAUCAACUAUCAGACGCGAAAAGUGAAUCUGAAAGGGACUGCAUAUGCGACAACAUAGUCUGUAUCGAUAAUCCUGUGGCCUCUCCAGGGGCAAAUGUCAAAGGAAUGUUAUCGUUGACAGAUUGCGAAUUGAGAGGUUGGCAAAUUCACAUGCGGUGUCACGGAUCGCCCUCACCGUCCCGACCCCGCGGGCGUCAUCUUCACGGCGGAGUUCAAUCUCGUCCAGACGACGUGCAACUGCACCGGCGGUGCCUGCCUGGUCCGUGAUGGAUCAUGGCUGUGGCCUGGGAUCGCGUCGAUUCCGCCGGGAUUCCAGAAUCCCGGUUACGAUAGCUCGUCCUGGACGGCUGUGACCACGGACGGAAGGUGCGAACGGUGUUGCUCCCUGGGGAGCAGCUGCUGUUUCUCCGUCGACGGGGACCCUGAAUGCUUUUUGUG